GCUACGUCCCCGGGAAUAACUUCCGUCGGGAGUACAUAGCCACUCAGGGUCCUCUGCCGGGAACGAAAGAUGAUUUUUGGAAGAUGGUUUGGGAGCAAAACGUCCACAACCUGGUGAUGGUGACUCAGUGUGUGGAGAAGGGCAGGGUGAAGUGUGACCACUACUGGCCUUUUGAUCAAGACCCUCUAUACUACGGAGACCUGAUUGUCCAGAUGUUGUCUGAGUCUGUCCUUCCCGAGUGGACGAUACGAGAGUUCACCAUCUGUGGCGUGAGUCCCGUUCUUCACCUGUUUCUGCUGCAGAAACUCACUGACGCUCCUUCAAAAAUACGUUUCUAAUGUGAAGCUCUGAAUGAUGGAACCUGGUAUCAUCUCUUCAUGUUUGUUGGCCUAAAAGUCAUCAAAUCUAGUCAUAAAAAUGAUGAAAACCAAUUUUAAAAUAUGUGUUAAAAAGACUGUAGAAACAUCUGUCUGAUAU